GAGGUUUUUGAACGCAACUACUUCAUCAGUAUGGGUAUCAAACAGCGGUGGUGAAGGACAGCAGAAUGAUGUCUCUGGCAAUGAUGUUACCUCUGGAUAUUAUUGACAAUACGAUUGGUAUAGAAUCUACUAUAGAUGAUGCUCAUUGCUGGAUUUGGGACUGUUGAUGAGGGAGAACAAUGCGAGAAAAGCAUUGGUAUUGUUGUGUUUCGUAGUCGUGGAAAGCUGCUGUGAUGCGGGGAGAGGGGAUUUGCGUACGACUACUCGAUGGGAGAGCGAGACGAGUGUGAGGGGGGAGAGCAAUGCGAGAAGAGAAGCUACGGUACUGUUUGUUUUCCGGAGUUGUGGAUAGCUGUUGCGAUGCACGGAGGGGAUUUGCGCCAAGACUACUUGGUGCGAGAGUGAGAUGACUGUUAUUUUUUUUUGCGGAAGCUUUUUCUUAGUGAUCGGCGAAGAAGUGCAUUGUCUGUGCCAUGGGUUAGCGGCGAGAGUUAAUGCUCUUUCUGUGUUGGUAUUUCUGACUUUUAUUAGGGUUUGCUGUCAAAUUGCCAACAGAUUAUGGAUGGGGUUUUUGCACCUGAUGUAGGUGAAAAUGGUUUUCUUUGCCGCGUUGCGCAAGGGACUUGCUAACGCAGGUUAAUGUGUUCUUAACUUCUUGUUGAGGAGACGGAAUAUUUUAAUUAUAUUGAAUGUUUUCUGAUCAGGUUCGUUGUCCGGUGCAUGCUAAGUAUUUCUACCAUGCCUAAUAAGGUAUAGGCUGGGUUGAACCGCGAUUUCGGGAGAUUUGGGGAGCUGAAAAGCUGAGUAAUGUGUGUUGUUAGGGGUUCACGGGUUGCUUGGGUUCUUGAGCAGAGGGCUGGUACAGUUUUGGUGUUUGGCUUUUCCGAGAGGAGACGAAGCUGUUUUGUCAAGUGGAGGAGGAAGUUCGAAUUGCGUCAGAGAUGCACCGGACUGCGCAAAGUAGACUGCAGGAGGGGUCUAUCUGGUGGUCCCUUUGUAGGGUUCAUCUUUUGGCUGUUUAUGGGGGUUUAUGGGAGUUUCGCCGGAGCAUAGGGUCUUGCUGUUUGCAUCAGAAAGGGGGUCUAGCGGGGGGGCGGCAGACAGAUUUUGUCCGGCGAAGCCUCGGUUGUUGCAGCAAAGCCUCCUUGAGAUGGUUCUGAGUUGGAUGGGUUCCCCCCCCGCCUCUGGAAAGAUUGUAUACUGGAUGGGUCUGAGGUUGUUCCGAGUUUACUAUGAGUGGUUCGCAGGUGGACAAGAGGGGUUCUGAGAUGGUUUGGUGACGGCUCUGACAUGCGUUGGCAUUGGAUCUGGUUCGAACUGGGUUUGUGAAGAUGGUUUGCUGAGAUGGUUUGGUGACGGUUCUGAUAUGGUUUGGGAUCGGAUCUGGUUUGGGAGCUGGUUCAGAGCUGGUUCGGUGACAGCUCUGACAUGGUUUGGACAUUGGAGCUGCUGGUUUGGACCUGGUUUGAACCCGGUUUGUGAAGACGGUUUUUUGCUGACAUGGUUUUUCAAGAUGGUUUGCGGGAUGGGUCUGACUGAGGUUGUUCUGAGCUUGCCAUGAGUGGUUCCCAGUUGGUUCUGAGAUGGUUGGUUAAAGCGCGCUUCUGAGAUGGUUUGAUGGCGGUUCUGAUGUGGUGUGGGCCUGGGACCUGGUUCAAAGCUUGUCUGGAACGGGUUCUGAGCUGGUUCCGAGUCAGUUCCAGCUUGGUUCUGCUGCGGUGGUUCCAGUCCGCUGUUAGUCCUCAGUUUGCUCGCAGUUGGUUCCAGAGUCGGCUCUGACUUGCUUCUAUGCAGUUGGUUUUGAGCCUGGUUCUUCUGGGCUUAGGGUUUGAGAUGGUCACCAGUAGGUUGGUUUGGAGUCAGUCCAGAGUUGGUCGUGUGUUGGUUUGGAAUCGGUUUUGUGUUGGUUCAGAAUCGGUACCAACCCGACUUGGUUCCCCUGAGUUGGGCACCAGUAGGUUGAUUCGGAGUGGAUCCGGUUGGCUGUGAGUUCGUCCAGAGUUGGCUCUGUUGAGUCGGUUUGGAGUCGGUUUGGAGUCGGUUUGGAGCCGGUUUGGAGUUGGUUCUCAUGAGUAGGUACUGAGUCGGUUUGGAGCCAGUUUGGAGCCGGUUUGGAGUCGGUUUGGAGCCGGUUUGGAGUUGGUUUGGAGUCGGUUUGGAGUCAGUUCGGAGUUGGUUCUCAUGAGUAGGUACUGAGUCGGUUUGGAGCCGGUUAGGAGCGGGUUUGGAGCCGGUUUGGAGUCGGUUCGGAGUUGGUUCUCAUGAGUAGGUACUGAGAACCUAGACAGUUGUGAGUAGAUUACGAUUUGAUUCCGCCCUGCUGUUGAAGAAAAUAUUGGAGCUUAUUUUUGAUGUACCGUUGAGGGGUUGAGGAGGUGUGUCUAGUUUGGAAGAUGGCAUCAAGAAAAAACUUGGUCAGUGUCCCAUGGGUCCCAUUUACUUUUCGGACAAACUUGGAGCGCGGGAAGGUUAUUAGUCGAAAUGGCGUCGAGCGUGAGUUGUGUUGGUUUUUGGAAGUGGACAUUGAUAAAAAAAAAGAGAAAGUUGUUGAAUGUAGAGAAGGAAGGAGGAGGCCUUCGAGGCAAUCACUGUUUUUUCGUGAUUGCUGAGGGAGGGUUUGGGUGUUCCUCUCGCAAGGCUGUCAAUUAAGAGGCGCUGGAUGUGUCCAUAUAGUGUGUGUUAAACGCGAUAUGGCUAGUUGGGCUCUCAGGCAGGACCAGCAUCGAGCGUUGUGGGACGGAGAAGACGGUAUUUCCUAAUUUGCUACAUCUUCAACUCUCCGAUCGAGUACACUCAGUGCAGAGAACCCUCCUCUAGUUUCGACUGGGGACUAAUAGGUUGAUUGAGUCAGUUGUAGUCGCCGUUUCUCCUCGUUCUCCUUGCCGCGGAUUGCCGCAGCGGCAUGUAAUUUGAUGCGCCGAUUUUGGGGGUUUAAUAAUGGGGCCAUGGAAGUAAUGAGGGGGGGGCAUGGAUGAGUCUCUGUGCAGUAUUGUGACCGCCGGAUUGGCAUAUGUGAGGGAAUCGGCUCUUUUUUUGGAUGCAAGCGGUUCCGGACGAGGAGGUUGUGCUCAACAAGUCGACAUGGAUAGAUCGCCGGCCGAUGCAGCUUCGACUUCAAGAAUUUGGUCUUGGAGACCAGUUCUGUCAUUCACCGAAGAGUAAUCCUGUGCGGUAUUGUGAUGGGGGGGAUGGGGGGGGGUGGGGGAGGAUUAGUCUUUCUUGAUUCGACUGGUUUUGGAACGAUUACCCGGCGAUGGGACAUGGGAUGAUUGUGGGCCAAUUCGGGACCGAACUUGUGAGUCUGGGCUAGGAGACCGUCUACCGACGAGGAAUCCUGUGCGGUAUUGUUAUGUGGGGAAUGUGGAGUAUCUAGUCUUUCUUGAUUCUACUGGUUUUUGGAACGAUUUCCCGGCAAUGAGACUCGGAAGGAUUCCUCCUUCCGGGCCAACAACAUGGGACCGAACUUGAGAGUCUGGGCGUGGAGACCAUCCACCUUCCUUGACUCAAGAUACUUUCUGUCGGAGUUGAUGUCUCCACCAGUCUCUGAAAUGCCCUGGACAUGAGGGAAUGGCCAGGUCGAGAAGUGCUCAACGGUGGGCCGUAGACUCCGUAGCGACUAUUUGGAAGGGUAGGCUGCUAUAUUUAUGUCUAUCAGGGUUUGACAUCCCAUGCAGGGUGCAAGACGCGCCAUCUACGGGGGGCGCAUGUCUUUAUCUAAGGGGAGGGGAUGCAAAGGGUUCACCCCCUUUCAGGUGUAGUAUGGGGAUUCAGUACUACUACAACAUUCAGUUCUACUACUUUGGAAUGCGCGAUCUGAAUCUUCGUCACCAAAUGUAGGGUGCAAGACGUUAUGUACGGGGGGUGCAUGUCGUUAUCUACAGGGUCCAAGAGGGGGGGGGGUGCAUAGGGUUUAACCCCCUUUCAGGUGUGUAGUAUGGGAAUUCAUUAUUAUGACAACACUAGGUUCUACUACUUUGGAAUGAGAGAGCGAUCUGAAUCUUCGUUUUGCCGCUGCAGUUUCUACUUCGUGAAUGCGGACUACCCCCCGCGAACAGGGUAGACGGUUUCUACUUUGGGACUCGAAAAACAUUGUUUCUUCAGGAUUUGCCUUUUUGGGAAAAAGUGAACUAAUCAGUUGUUGGUUUCUAUUUUGCAUUCCUCGAAAGGAUGUCUUUCCUGUA